AACAAAAAGUACGUUUUGCAAUAUACCUGAGUCAUAUUUAUCAUUGUUAAAAAAAAAAAAAAAAAAAAAUGAAUAGUUUUAUAUUCUUUAUGACUUUUGUUUUAACAUUUCAAUGGAUCAACUGCAACGCUAAUAACACGUCAAAACUUGGAAUAUCACCAUGUAUGUAUGCAGGCGAUUUUGAUAGUUCUGGAUAUUAUUGUCCAACAACUACCAUGAAUAUUAGUUUGUUACCAUCUAACUGUACUUCAUUUGUUUAUGAAGGAUUCAAUUAUGAUUAUGAACUCAAUAUUAUGUUACCAGGCCAUGCUAAAGGUAACAUAAUUAGUCUUUGUACAUCUGGUAAGCCAGUGUAUUUAUAUCUUGAUUACGCUGAACAAAUGAAUUGGAUGAAUGAGGUUAAAAAUGCAAGUACUUCAACAAUCAAAGUACUCAAUUUAGUAAAUAUGUUAGAUAAACAUAAUAUAACGGGUUUAAUUCUAAAGAAUUUGAAUAGUUAUCCACCUCAAGAUGGUAAUUUUGAUGAAUCAUUUUACAAGAAUUUGACAAAUUAUGUUACUGUAUUAAAAACAAGUUCAGUGUUUUCUGAGGUUGGAUUAUUUAUAAAUGCAAGCGACAUGAUUUAUCAUAGAAAUAAUCCUAAGGCUCCAGGUUGGCUCGAUUAUGAUAAAUGGUUGAAUAAUAUUAUGGAUUAUUAUAUAAUUAGUUUUGAUAAAUUUAAUCCAUGUAAUGACAAGUUUAAAACUGGAAUCGUUCCAUUAAAUGACAGUAAUGUUCAGACCAAUAAUACCUUGGCGAAAUUUCUAAAUGUUUUAAAAGACUCAAAAAUGCUAAAAGACAAAAUUUAUCUUGAAUUUUCAUUGAGCCCGACCGUAAAUGACACAACGAACGAAAAUCUACCCACGUGUUGCGUGUCAUAUAAAAAAUAUUGUGAACCUGGCAACUAUAAUCUUUUCUGGUGUGCUGAUAAUGCUGAUGCAUUUUUUCAAAAAGGUAAAUUUGCAAGAGACGUAAACGCAAAAGGAAUAGUAGCAAAAUAUAUCGAUACAAGUGAUCCAACUGGAAAUUGUGGUUGUGAUAAUCAAAAUCAGUUUAUUACUUAUUCAAUGAUAUUCCGUGGUUUUUUAAAUCAAGCUCCUAUCACAGACUGCCAAAAACUAAACCAAGUUACUAAAACAUAAAUAUUUAUAUCUAUCUGUUAUAAUUCGGAAUUGUUUUAAAUCAGUCUAAUUAUCGAAGGAAUAAAUGUUACUUACUUUAAUUUAUGUAUAUAAGAUUAUGAUAAUAAAAAAUGAGUAUCCCAAUUUAGUUGUGAAAUGAAAGAUUAAAAAAAAAAAAAAAUCAAAGAAAAUUUACAACUAUGGUAAAAAUAAUAACAGUAUGUAGUAAUAAUGGAAAAAUGUCUCUAAUCCUUUAAUUUAUCGUUUAACCCCAUCAUUUAUUUCUACAAUGAGUAAAGUGUUUUUAAACACUAUUAAAACGUGGUAAGUCUAAAACUGAGAACAUUUAAGUAUAAAAUUUUGUCACUCACUUAUAAACGCCAUAGAACAGAAUGUGGACAACAAUUCAUUUCGUAAAAUAACAGGUUUUUAAUAAAAUUAUACAUAAUGUGUAAAAAAACUAGGUACCUAUUUAUGAUUUACAAUGGGUUAAAUUAUUAAUUCAAAUAAUUGUUUCCCCUAAUCAUUCGAAUAAAAAAAACUUUCUGUGAAUCAAACUUUCUGCUCGGUAUUCUGAAUUUCGAAUUAAAGAGAAACUAAUAUUUAUGCAUGUUGUAUUAAUUUAUAAAAUAAUAUUGUAAUGAUAUGCUCACACAUCAUAAUUUAUUGUAUAUUUUAUCAUUUCGUUAAAUAAAAUAACGGUCAAGUUGUCGCACGCAGAUAGCCCUCAAUAAAAAACCAAUAAUCCUCUUUUGUCACUGAUGAGAGAAUACGAUCUACAUUGUUCGGUCACGUGGGAACCUAAACGCUAUUGCGACCAUAGGGCGCAAAGUGUUUGACUUAUUCUCAUGUGCCGCCAAAGACAAGGGAUGGUCCAAUGAGGCUCUCCGUCGUCGGAUAGAAAGCCUAUUUCUUGAAGGACACGGAGGCCUUUGAUGGAGCCGCCUGCGACUCUGGCUGGUCUUGACCACGUCGUUUUCUCCCCAGUGCAGGCGCAUCACACAAACGAGCAGGAGCUCUUCCCAAGACCCAUCACACACCCUACAACUCAAGACUGCGGGCGAC